GAGAUCACAAAGUGGCGUGUUUAGCAAAGCAGGAAUAUCGGCAACAUGGCUGCUGCAUUUAGAAAAGCUUUGAAGUCCCGGCAAAGGGAUCACAAGGAGAGAUCUCAGCCUGGUUUCCGCAAGAAUCUAGGACUUUUGGAAAAGAAAAAAGACUACAAACUUCGAGCUGAAGACUAUCGGAAGAAAAGGAAUACUCUCAAUGCCUUGCGAAAGAAAGCCCUCGACAAAAACCCAGAUGAAUUCUACUUUAAGAUGACAUCAUCCAAACAGGAGGAUGGUGUCCAUGUUAUAAAGCAAAAGACUGAGGAGGUCACAGAUGAACAGGCUAAAGUGAUGCGGACGCAGGACAUAAAGUAUGUGGAGAUGAAGAGAGUAGCAGAGGCUAAGAAAAUCGAAAGACUGAAGUCUGAGCUCCAUCUGCUGGAAACGGAGGGGAACCAAAGAAACACUCAUACCUUUUUCUGUGACAGUAAGAAAGAAGUACUCCAGUUUGAUCUGGCAGCUCAACUGAAAACAGCCCCAGAGCUUGUGAACAGAGUGUACAACAGACCUACAUUAGAAACUCUGCACAAAGAGGCUGUAAAGGGAGAAGCAACCCCCCAGCAAUUGAAACGACUAGCAAAAAAGAGACUGCAUGAAUAUGAUGUUCUAAAGCAGCGAAUUGAACGAGAAAGGAAAAUGUUUGUCAUAUCUCAGAAGAUACAGUCACGAAAAGACUUGUUGGACAAAAGGGAGAAAGUUAAAGUUAAGAAAGAAACUGUGGAUUCCCCAGCAAUAUACAAGUUUAAAAUGCAACGUCAGCGAUAACUGUGGCUUAACAGAGAAAACAGCAAGCGGAGAAUUAAACUAGAUUCCCUUUUCUACAGUACAAUCUAAUAAAACAUAGUGAUGGAGUCUAGGGAUGGGCGAAUUUUUUCGCCUUGUUUCGCCGAAAAAAUGACGCCCAUAGAUUUGUAUGGUGGCAUGCGUAAAAAAAAAAAACGCGCGUCAAAACAAUUUCGCCGCGCGACAAAUUUUUUUUUGACGCCUAUAGAUUUUAAUGGGCGUCUGCGACAUUUCGCCGGUGACGAAUUUUUGGCGAAGCGAAACGGGUCAAAUUCACCCAUCCCUAAUGGAGUCCAAAAAACACUUUUUCUACUGUGGAAUUUGUUUAUUGUAUAGUCUGUUCAGUAACAUGAAGCUGGAGUCUGUACAGCCUAUUUGCCAAAAUCCAUUUUUUUUUUCUGGUCAACAAGUACAACUUUAUGUUCAUUAAUAAAUGUAUACCA